GACACUUGCAAGUUCGUGACAGGCCGAACUAUACGUAAUGUAGAUAAGUGUGGUGCAAGUUCCUAUGCCCAGUUUGGUGACAGCUUUCUCUUUGGUGACAACUUUCAUGAGGCUCCGUUGUUGUAAAGCAGUCUGGUGUCCAUACAAGGAGAGAAGUAUUAUAUUCAGUCGUCAGUGUGUAGAGAGGUUAUUGGCGCCCCCAAGCUGAUAUUCUGCAACGACAAACCGCCCUCAGGCAUUCAGGGAGAUGGCUGAGCAAAACAUAAAUGGGAAUCCUGUGCAAGGAGUGCAAGGAGAUGCUGAGCAGGGCCAGGCGGGAGCGGAAAAACAAGGCAAAGGGAUAGCGCAGGUGGGGAUCGUGUUGGGGGGCGUGGUUAUGGGGCUCCUGAUGGUGGCGUUCGCGCUGCUGUCCUUGGGCCUCACCAUCGCCUUCAUCACUGUGGGCGCCAUCUACCAAGACGAUUGCAAUGUGGAGCCAAUGAUCCCCGUGUGGCUCAUCGUGCAAGGAGUGGUUUCCUUCAUUCUGACUCUUUCGGGGAAAUCGCAGAACUCGAAAACUAACCCGGAGUAUAACCUCGCUAAGAUGUCCUUGACAAUGAUCGUUCAGGUGUUUGCCUUCGGAUGGUUCAUUAUAGGAAACGUGUGGGUGUUCACGGCCUGGGCCAAGAACCCGGACUUCGAGGACUUAACGCAGGCGAACAGCUGUCAAAAGGGACUGUUUUACUUGGCUCUCUACGGCGGCAUCAUCAUCCCUUAUGCCGGUCUCGCUCUCGCACUUACCAUCAUAACCUGUGUCUAUGUUUGUACACUCAUAGCCAAGAACAACUGAACGCAAACUGGUCGAUAAAAGGAAGAAUGUUUGGUGAUAGUGUGUUAUAUGUUAUAACACGUGAAACAUUUUAUAUGCUAUAUAACAUAUAUUACAUAUAUGUAAUUGUCAUAGUUAUUAUUUUUUUAUUAACAUGUAGCAUAUUUAUGACCGUCCCGUAAUUGGGUGGGGGUAGUUUAGGGGGGGGGGGGUUGUCGAAAAUGAGUUCUACCAUUUUCACACGCAUACGAAUGUACAAUAACCUACGCGAAUAUAAACCUCCGCGAAGAAAAACUCGGCAGUGAGUCCAAGGCACUCGCGUGCGGCGUCGGCAAUUUAGCUCUUCUGGAGCUAAAUUAUAACAUUACGUUUUGACAUUACCUACUGAAAUUCGUCAAGGGAGGAGGUGUCUUACAAUAAUAAAUUCCUCCCAAUUUGAAGGUUUUAUGAUGAAAAACAAAUCUAAAAAUCAUCAUACAACUUUUCAUGUGUUUUUCGUUAUAAAUGUGGUAUACAAGAUUCGACUUUGACAUAAAUCUCAUAUAUAUAACUUAAGGGUUUGACAAUAAUGCCUGAGCAGUGGUGAGUCUCUAUCUUGAAAAUUAAACGAACGCGACUUGUAUGAUCAGAUGGGUAUGUCGUCCGCGUGGUCCCCGCGGCCACACGGGGUCUCCCGAGAGUUUUCAUGUUAGCGCCACCCGCUAAGACUUUACGGACAACAACAAUUGUACGUUUUUAUGUUCAUUGGAGCUCCCACAAUCGAGGAACGCAUUAUAGCAAUAAAGCUAUAUUUAAAUAAGUAUAGACGACUGAAAAAUAUAAACACUAAAAAUCCUACAUAAAACAAGCGAACCGCUUGUUACUCUAACCGUUUCUGGUUAUCUCUGCACUUUUGUACAAAUACGCACGCAUGUACACACACACACACACACACACACACACACACACACACACACACACACACACACACACACACACACACACACACA